AUGGCUGACCUUCCUAUUGAAACAAUAUUUGAGAUAUUAAAGAGGGUGCCAGCGAAGGUCGUAGGACGUUCUAAGACUGUCUGUAAGGAAUGGUAUGCGUUGCUGUCAACUCGAGAUUUCAUAAGAGUACAUUGUUGUCGCUCAUUAGUUUCAUCUAACCAAAGAGUUCUCUUAAUUGACGACCUAACAUGCUCUGUUCAUCCGAUCAUCUUUCAAUCCUAUGAUUAUGGGCCAAGGUCAAUAGUUACAUUACCAUUCGACCACCAAAAUAAUGAUGUGUCAAUACUUUUACAUUUGAAUGGAUUGUUGUGUGUUUGCUUGAAUCAUACAAACGAGUUGCUUCUUUGGAAUCCAACAAGUACUGCUUUCAAGCGUUUGUCAACACCUGAUUCUCUUGGAAUCUAUAUAAAUAAUCUUGAUGCCGUUGGUUUGUAUGCUGAUGAUACCGAUGAUUACAAGAGAAAUAUUCCUUUCUUAACAAGAGAAGAGUACCUUAGCCCCAAUUUCUAUUGGUCACCAGGCACAUUUUGUGCUGGUACUCUGUAUUUCACUCUUUGCGAAUGUUGGGUCGGAGGUACAAAUGUGGUGAUUUGUUUUGAUAUUAAUUCAGAGCAGUUCAAGGAGAUAAGCUUUCCACCUGUUCCAUCUACGGGAUUUGUUCAAGGUGUUUUAGUGAAUGUAAAAAAUGAGCUUCACAUGUUUGCUACGACUGGCUGGUUUGAGAUAACAAUUGACCUAUGGACGCUAAAAGAGGAUUACUGGAUUAAGGUCUUAUCAUGUCCUCCGAUCCCCCCAAUAUCAUUGUCAUUGUGGGGCGAUAUAACACAUUACGUGACGAAUGGUGAUUGGUUUGUGAUGACUAAAUUAGGGAAGCUUUUUACUAUUGAAAUGGAUAAGAAGCCCUUCGAAAUUCUUUAUCCAGUUACUUGGUUUCGUGGUUAUAAGGGUGCAGUGUUUGUGGAGACCGUCGUUUCACCAACUAUUUAG